AUGGAGAAGUCCAGCUGUUUGAGGACUUUGGAACCCCGAAAAGCUGUGUGCCUAUGGGUUCAGGCUAAGGAAAUUUCACCAAACAAGGUGGAAUGGAAGAAAGUGAAGAAAUUUGGAGAGGAUGACUUGACAAAAUUAAGGUUUUCAGCGCCUAUAAAAGGAGCUACUUUCUUCCCAGCAAAACAAGACACAACAAACAGAUCGAAGGCAAGCAUUCCCUUUGGAAUCCCAGCAAAAUAA